UGGUUUAUGGUCUUUAAAACACAAGAUGGAGGGGCUCUCUUAUCUGUUCUUACUUUUGGGUGUCUUUUCCAUUCAGGGGAGUUCAGAAAACUUGGAAGAGAAUUUGGCAUUAAAAGGAACAGCUGUACAGUCGACCACAUAUUACAGCUGUGGAGCUGCAAAGGCCAUCGACGGCAUCAGAUAUGCUCCAGGUACAGCCCAUACAUACUGCUCCAUCACAUCAUAUGAGCUCAGCCCGUGGUGGAGGCUGGACCUGCUGGAUUAUUACUACAUUUACAAAGUGACCAUCACCAACAGAGCCGACUGCUGUCUGGAGCAAACGACUGGAGUAGAGAUCCGCAUCGGAAACUCUCUGGAAAACAACGGCAACAACAAUCCCAGAUGUGCUGUCGUCACUUCACCUGUCCCAGCAGGCAGUACUGUCAGUUUCUCUUGCGGCGGAAUGGAAGGUCGUUAUGUGAACAUGUACACUCCUAACAUCCGGAUGCAUCUCACGCUGUGUGAGGUGCAGGUUUAUGAAACAGGUAAUUUCUGA